AUGCACCGCACAAAUGCCCAAGUUCGACAUGAUCGAGGUGGCUUAACAGCAGGUUCGUACUUUAAAAGCUUCAGCGACAUAGCAGCGAUCAUCCAAAAGAUCAAAUCCAGAGACUUCCAGCCUUUACCGAGAGAGGACGAUGAUGACGCUAGUAAAGACCACGAUACUUUGUAUGCUACAAUGACGGCCAGUGAGCCUGAGGACGAAUGGAGUACGAAAAGAAAUCGCAUGCGACAGCAAAUCUGGAGGGUUCUACAUCGACUACAGGGCUUUGAGACGCGGUUUGGGCUUAAAACCGCAGCGAUAACUUCGUUAUUGUCCAUACCUGCUUGGAUCUAUCGAGCUAACGGGUGGUGGGAUGGCGAUGAAGUCUGGUGGGGAGUUGUAAUGGCUUGGCUUAUUAUGGGACCUCGUACUGGCGGUAAUAUUCAGGACUUGAUAACGCGAGUGUUAUGUGCUGUCCUUGGUUCUCUUUGGGCGGGCCUAUCGUACGCGGCUGGCGAUGGCAAUCCGUACGUCAUGGCAGUGUUUGCUGUUAUAUUCAUGCUUCCCAUGAUUUACAGGUAUACACAGAGCACGCAUCCAAGAUCUGGACUUGUAGGAUGCAUAUCGUUUACGGUCGUGUCUCUAGCAGAAGUCGCCGCCCAAGGCAAGCCCUCUCCAGCUACAAUUGCUGCAACACACGGAGUCGCUAUGAUAGUUGGUGUUGUGGCCUCCAUUACUGUUAAUUGGGUUCUAUGGCCGUUUGUUGCUCGUCACGAUCUUCGAAAGGCCACAGCUACUAUGAUGUUUUAUUGUAGUAUCCUGUAUAGAAGCAUCGUAUCAAGAUAUGUGUAUUAUGAAGAGGGAAAUGAACCUACUAAAGAAGAUAUACGAGCUUCUGAGAUACUCGAGGGACGCUUACGUGAAGGGUUCGUGAGAUUAAGACAACUACUAGGCCUCACGCGUCAUGAGAUACGCUUGCGAGCUCCUUUCGAUCCUUUACCGUACUCCGCACUCAUUGAUGCCUGUGAGCACUUCUUCGAGUAUAUAGUCACGGCCCGUCAGGCAUCCUUAUUUUACCACCCGCAUUUCAUCAGAGAUAAUACCGAGUUCGCUGCAGACUUGCUAGGUCAUAGGAGAGACGCAAUCGCAACCAUCUUGACCAAUCUUUAUGUUCUCUCAGGUGCCCUUCGGGCAGAUAGAAAAGUACCCAAAUACUUGCCGAGUGCUGCAGCCACACGAAAGCAGCUGUUAGACCGAAUGGGGGUUCUAGAGGCCGAGCUUGCGGCAAGCGGAAGACUUAGUGUGGAUGAAAAAUUAGAAGGGAGAAAAUGGGCUCAGAUAUACAGCUAUUCGUAUAAUGAAAGUUUGACGGGCUGUGUCGAGCAGCUAGAGGAACUUGAGAAGUAUACAAAGGCCAUUGUUGGCGAACAGGGGCAUUCGGAUUCAUCAGAGGAAGAGACUACAAGCACAGAGGAUGACUUUGAGUCUGCUCCUUCACUUCCAGAAACACCCGCGCAGUUCCUUUCAUACCUUGACCAGAAUCCCGAGACUCCAACGCGCGCGCUCUUACAGCCGUACCUAACUUACGAAAAGUGGCUACGCUAUGAGUUCGUCCGUCCAAACGCAGAGAUCGAUUGUCUCUCGAAUAUUGUUCCAGUUUACAAUGGGCAAGAGAGCUUGUUUAGGAUUCGCACAAUAGAUUACGAGUUAGCUGAUAAAAUCCGGUAUUUGAUGCCGUUAGAAAGCUACGAGCGAGAGGAGGAUAAAAGCCUCGCAAUCGCCGCGUCUUUGGAGGAAUAUCAAGAUAACUUUGACGGUUUCACUCGAGGUUAG